AUGCCAUCAGCAAACGAGCGUCCCUUAGUGCUUGUCACCGCCGUCAACGGCUUCAUCGCAUCCUGGACCGCCAAAGCAUUUCUCGACGCAGGCUACAAUGUCCGCGGAACAACGAGAUCCGCCAAAUCAAGUCACUCGAUGCUUGAAGCUGAACCAUUCAAAACAUAUGCUUCUACUGGCCGAUUCAGCAUUGUGCAAGUCCCCGACAUUACGCUUCCGGGAGCAUUCGAUGAUGCGGUCCGCGGAUGUCAUGCCAUUGUGCAUACUGCGUCACCCAUGUCUCUCAGUUUCUCAGACCCGGAACCAGUCAUCAACACUGCUGUACAGGGUGUGAGAUCUGUGCUUGAAUCCGCACAUUUGAGUGCUGGUGCGGGGUCGUCAACAGUGAAGUCAUUUGUCCAACUUUCCUCUAUCGCUACCGUGAUUGGGAAAAAGCCAGACGAUGAUGCACACUAUGAAUUCACGGAGACUGACUGGGAUAAUGAGUCCGAGAACGAAGUCGCGCGUCUAGGCAAGCAGACUCCAUCUAUGAAGAUUUACAAGGCUAGCAAGACCGCCGCCGAGCGAACAAUGUGGGACUUUCAAAAGAACGAAAAGCCGACUUUUACCAUGACUGCGAUCAAUCCUGUCUUCGUUUGGGGACCCCCGUUAUUGUUCCCAGAAAACCCAGAAGAUUUGAACGCGACGGCCAAGGUUGUAUGGACGGUUUUCUCCGGUCAAGAAAUUCCACCUCCUCUUGGCGGUUUGAAUUAUGCGGUUGAUGUUCGAGAUGUCGCUCGCUUGAUGCUGUUCGCGGUCCAAGAAAAAGAGAAAGCGAGCGAUCAGAGAUUCAUUACGGCGUCUGGAGUCAGAAGCCAUCAGGCUGUUGCCGAUGUUUUGCGUGAGGCAUAUCCGGACAGAAGGGAUAUCAUCAAAGAAGGUAGCCCUGGAGAGGGCUAUUUGCCUGAUUAUAGCGUUCCAAAAGAUGGCCCAGGAGUCAAGGUCGAUAAUAGCAAGGCUGUUAGACUCACUGGGAAAGAGUGGAUUACUCCUAAACAGAGUAUUGUUGAUGCGGCGAAGGCUCUUGAGCGUUAUUUGUAG